GCACAAUUGAGAGAUUAUACAAACAAUUUUGCUUUUUGCAAAUUCAUUUAUUAGUCAAUUAAUUAUAAGUUUGUGAUGCUGAGUCGUUUUGCAAAUGUGUGUGGCCAGUGCGCACAUCUGAUCAGACGGACACUCCCACAGCGACAACUUUUACAACAGUCAACAGCUCGUGUUCGCACGAAAUCUACUUUUGGUGGCCACCGACCGGAUCCCGGUGCUGAAGCGGCCCGAAAGCUCCGUUUAAGGUCCACAUUGUAUUACGUCACUGCUGGUGGAAUAUUCAUUGUGGGUCUAAGUUAUGCAGCGGUUCCCUUGUACACUAUAUUUUGCCAGGCGUACAGCUAUGGUGGCACCACUUCCGAGGGACAUGAUUCGGAGAAAGUGGAGCACAUGGUAAAGGUAAAUGAUCGGAUACUAAAGAUCCGAUUUAAUGCUGACAUCGGCUCUUCGAUGCGGUGGAACUUUAAGCCACAGCAAUACGAACUAAAAGUGGCUCCAGGGGAAACUGCCUUGGCUUUCUAUACGGCCAAGAAUCCUACGGACAAGCCAGUCAUUGGCAUCAGCACAUACAAUGUGAUACCAUUUGAGGCAGGCGCAUAUUUUAAUAAAAUACAGUGCUUCUGUUUCGAGGAGCAACAGCUAAAUCCACACGAGGAAGUGGACAUGCCGGUAUUCUUCUACAUCGACCCAGAAUACGUAAAAGACCCCGCGUUGGAAUUUUGUGACACAAUUACGCUGUCUUACACGUUCUUUGAGGCCAAGGAGGGACUGAAACUUAAUUUUCCCAGCUACGCGAAGCCCCAUGUUGCGUAAAUAACGUUAAAUAUUCGUUAAAUGUAUAAGUUUAUGCAAUAAUUUAUUAAUUUUUGAUUAGCUCAUGUUUUAAA